GCUGAAGAAAUGAGGUACUCUAGCAGCAGCCAACAGACAUGUCUCAGCAGAGACUUCUUCAACAGCUGGAGGACACAAAAGAGCAGCUGAAAAAGCAGAAAACCCUGAAAGAAAUGUACAUCAGGAGGGGCGAAGAAACAACCAGAGAGCUGGAGCGGCUGAGAAAGUCCAGCAAUGAUGUGAAGCUCAGCAACGCAAAGAUAGCUACUCAGGAGAGAGAUAACACCAGGCAGAAGAAGAAGAAGGACCUUCAUAAAGAUCAUGAAGAGCUCCAAGUUGCUCAUUUAAUCACUGAGGAGAAGAAUCAAGCUGAUCUCCAGGCAGAGAAGCACAAGAACAAACUUCUUCUAGAUGAACUGGAUCAGAUCAGCGUCUCCCACAAUGAGAUCAGACUCAGUUAUCAAACUGAUGUCAUGAAAGUCAGACAGCAGCUUGACACCCUUCAGCAUGAUCUUGUGAAGGAAAUGCAGCAGAGGACAACUGUUGAAAAACAGAAUGCACAGCUGCAAAUGGCUCAUGUACUCAGCCAGGACAACUUCACUGCUGAGCUCCAGGUGGAGGAGCAGAAGAACAAGCUUCUCCAAGACAAACUGGACAGGAUCAGCCAUGGGUAUGAAACUGGAGUCAACACUGUGAGACAGCAGGCUGAUACCCUGCAGCAGGAGCUUGAGACAGACGUCAAGUCUCACUCAGACACAGUGGUGAAAGGCUUGCAGAUGAUUACCAACUUGAGCACUGAGCAGGACGACCUCCAUCACAGGAUGACCGAGGAAAUCAAUAAAGUGCAGCAAAACAACUUGGAGAAGGAGGAACGUUAUGACAGACAUCUGGAGGAGCUGAAAACUCAGUUUACCAUUCAGAUCUCUCUCAACCUUGAGCUCUCUACCCAGCUUAAGAUCUUGAAAGACACUAAGAACAAUAAGAACACCUCUACUGCUGACAGCCACCUGUCAGAGCAUCUUUGUUUUCGAUGCCCUCCAUCGUCAGUGUGGCUCCAGUGUCACAGACAAUCAGCACCCAGCCUCAGACAGGCGCGAGGGGCGGAUUCACGGGGUGGCACUGUCUGCCACAUUUGUUACUCCUGUCACCAGCUGCAGGAGGCGCCUCACAAAUGGAGCGGGCUGCGGUCGUCAAGAGGACGUCCCGUCUCGUCACACAGAAACGUUCAGCUGUGUCGCUCUCUCAUGGUCCACUCUCUACAGCUUUCUCUUCCUCCUCCUUCCUUUUUUCCUCCUGUAUUUUCAUUCAGGAUCCCUUCUGAUGGACCAGGGGGCCCCUUGGGACCAUCCUCCUCUCCUGACUCCUGCUGCCUCACGUAUUGACGGAUCUGGAUCGUCACACCCUGGGCUCCACUGGAUCACUGCUCUCCUUAUAUCUGUAUUUCUGUCAAGUUUUACGCCUCUUCACUGUGAUCUCUCUGUUUUACUGCUAAUUAUCUCGUGUGGCCUGCCCUCUUCCAGGUCACCACGGUUGAGCGGAGAUCAUGUGGUUCAGGCUCCACUUGGCGAUGCCUCAGCCUGCUCAGUCGUCCUCCUGGAUCCACGCACUUUACAUAUAUCAUGAUUUGUAGUUUUUUUUUUUUCUUCAGCGUGGCAAAUUUUCCUCACUCAAAUCAAUGGACUAAGGAAAGAGGAUGUCGUUCACUGUACGGAUUGUGCAGCCUACUGAGGGAAUGUGAUUAUGAGCUUGGGCUAUAUAAAUAAAACUGAUUUGACUUGAACGCGAGGACCUGUGAUGUUGCUGAUCUCCCCGAUACAGAGCCUGGAUCCAAAGGUCAAACGGAGGCCGUGAUCCCUGGCUGAACCUCCCCAGAGAGAGGCGGAAGAUACGACUGGCUUAUCACAAAGCCGCCUAGAGAGCCAGUUAUCCACAAUCACGCAUUCACUGCCACAAAUACGCACUCGCCAUUAAUAAAUCCCACACUCUGCAGGAAAUACAGCAGCCAGGGACCAGCUUUUCUCCUUCACUUGAGACGGUGGCAACGUUGUUUCUCUGAUUGUGUCUUUCAGCAGCAGGCUCUCUUUGAAUAGUUGAUAAGAAGCGUGUACUUGCCGUUGGCAUUGUUUUUUGUCUUGCCUCCUACGUCCUGCUCCUCCAAAUCUGUUUAUUCGGUUAAUAAACAUCAUGUUCAGCUCCAUCUGCUGCGAG